UCUUGCUCCCUCUCAACAGGCAAGCCUUCUCGCCUGCCGAUUUCUUUGUUAUUGCUUCUCACCAUUGCCGCGAUUUCUUCUCCCCUUUUCAUGAUACUCCAUGGCGUCCCUAGCUUCUCUGCCGCGAUUUUUCUCUCCUGUGCAUCUUGCUCGCCGAGUCGCCGAGGAUCUCCUGCUCCCUCUCAACAGAACAAAUUUGAAUAUGAAAAGACGAACUUGGUGAUGGCGGAGGUAGAGCGACUUGCCAUGAGAGCUAUUCGAGAAGGAAGGUGUAAGAUGAGGAGGCAUUGGAAACAACUCGGGGGAUUUGGAAAUAAAGAUUCACCAAAAAGGAAGUCGUACAAGGGAUUAAGCCAAGAUGAUUGGGAUUUUCUUUGUAAUUAUUUUGGCAAAAAAAACAAAUGGAAAUAUAUGAAAAGAAUACUAAUAAUCAGUUUAAUAGGCCACUUGAAGGUGCACAUGGAUCGAAAACUUUGGUUCAACAUUAUCACACAGCUGUUGAUCCUGUGACGAGAGAGCUUCCCAGUGUGAUUGACACAUUCGAGAAAUUUUUUCAUAAAGGAGGACAAUGGAAGAAUGAUUGGACUGCACAAAAACAUGUAAGUAUUUAAUACAUUCGAGUUGAAGCUAUAUUUAGAUAUCCUCUCUGAUUAUUAUUAUUACUUAGUG